UUCUUCACCUGUCACUCAUUCAUUCAUUCACUUCACGAACUUGACCUGCCUCUUCACGUGCCUGACACAUGCAAACGCUAUUGCUUCACUCUCCGAAGCCCCACUAAGCUGCGACCAUCAGCGCGUCACCCGCGACGCCGACACGAAACCACUUCCACUCUCCACUACAACCGCGAGCCUCACAACGCCAACAACAACAUCGAAUCGAAUCGACGAUCGUCACUAAACAUGCAGCGUCGCGAGCGAGGAGUCGCGCAGUCACUCGGCGGACCGCUUACGAUUCGAGUAAAAGAUAGCCGCGUGCUGCUAGUAGGAGCUGGAGGCAUUGGAUGCGAGCUGUUGAAGAAUCUGGUAUGCUGCGCACCGAAGCGCAAGGCCGAAAUCGUCGUCGUCGACUUGGACACCAUCGAUUUGAGCAAUCUCAAUCGCCAAUUCCUCUUCCGGAAACAACAUAUCAAGAAACCGAAGGCGACUGUGGCCAAGGAGACAGCGAGUCAAUUCAACCCGUCAGUCAACAUCGAUGCGCAUCAUGCUUCCAUCUUCGACAAGCAGUAUGAUGUGGAGUUUUACGAGGGAUUUGACAUUGUCUUCAACGCCCUGGACAACUUGGCUGCGCGGAGACAUGUAAACCGCAUGUGUUUGGCGGCGGACGUUCCCCUCAUCGAGAGCGGUACCACGGGUUUCAACGGACAAGUGCAGGCAAUUCGGAAGGGUGUCACGGAAUGCUAUGAUUGCAACGAGAAGCCGGUUCAAAAGUCGUUCCCAAUCUGCACGAUCCGAUCGACGCCUUCACAACCCAUCCACUGCAUCGUCUGGGCCAAGUCGUACCUUCUCCCGGAGCUGUUUGGCACGAGCGAGGAGGAAUCGUCAGAUGUGGCAGUGACUGAUGGCGACAAUGUGGAAGAAGUGGCCAAGCUGAAGGAGGAGGCGGAAGCGCUGAAGAACAUCCGGAGUAUGAUGGGCAAGAGCGAGUUUGCACAAGAAGUCUUCAACAAAGUCUUCCACGACGACAUCAAGCGAUUACGGUCAAUGAGCGAGAUGUGGCAGAGCAGGAAGCCACCAGAGGCACUAAGAUUUGAGUCGAUCAUGAUCGACAGGGAUCCCGUCGCGCAAGGAGCGGCUCUCUCUUCUCAAGACCAGAAGAUCUGGAGUCUACAAGACAACCUCAAAGUAUUCUGCUACAGUGUGGAAGUCCUCAGCAAACGCAUUCAGUCAGGUGGAGAGACGACGAUUGAGUUCGACAAGGACGAUAAAGAUACCCUGGACUUUGUCACUUCCGCCGCCAACCUCCGCUCCCAGGUCUUCGACAUUCCUACGCAGUCAGAAUGGGAUAUCAAGCAGAUGGCCGGCAACAUCAUCCCUGCCAUCGCCACAUCAAAUGCCCUCACCGCCAGCUUAUGCGUAUUGCAAGCUUUCAAAAUCCUCCGCAUGCAAGUACCUAAGCCAGCCAAUCACCAAUCCUCGUCUGGCGCAGCGGAACCUCUUCUUGGCGGUACGAAGAUGACUUUCCUGACCGCCCGAUCCACCGAACGCCUCGUCAGCAGUCAAGGCCUCGUCGCACCUCGUCCUGACUGUCCUGUCUGCUCGCCUGUGUACGCCAAAGUUCACAUCUCCGACCCGUCAUCAGUCACUCUCCAAAACCUCGUCGACGCGCUCAAGUCUGGCCUGGAGUACGACGAAUUUUCCAUCACCGCGGACGUUGGCAUGAUUUACGACCCGGAUUUGGAAGACAAUCUGGGCAAGCCGCUCAAGGACCUUGGCAUCGAUGGCGAGGGUAUCGGGUUCAUCACAGUGACGGACGAUGCGGAUGAGCCGAAAGUGGAUCUUGUGCUGAGCGUGAAGAAGGUCGAGGGAGUGGACGGUGUGCAGUUGUUACCCGAAAACAUCACACUGCCCAAUAAGCCAGCGAAGCCAGAGCCCGCCAAGGAGGACGAUGACGAUGAUGAGGUGCUACACGUUGUCGGCGAUCCAACGCCGAGUGUGGCUGCUGGGAAGCGGAAGCGUGGCGCGGACGAUGACGAGGUCAUGGAGGAUGCAGGACCGAAGAAAGUGAAGCAGGAGAAGCCGCUGGUCGUGGAGGAAGACGGUGCAAUUUUGCUAGACUGA